UAAAUGGGAACUUCGCAGUAAAACUCAAUUAUCACACCUGCAGUGAUGGACAGUCUAGUCUACAUGUAAAUCGUAUCGUAUUUACACUGUGUGUGACACACGGGGCUACCUUAUACUUGUGGGUUUGAAUACGUACUAGGUCACAUUUCGCUGUAAUAAUACCCUUUAUUUAGCCGCAAAACCGGUUUUCUUGUCAGCGCGCAAGUCAUGCGUGGUGAACAAGGAAUUUGUUCAUACCCACUGACAGAUAGUGUGUGAAGCCGUCUGUAAAGACAGCCCUGGUCGUCAGAUAGUAGUUUGACAGCGUGGCGAAAAUAUCCAGUGGCUAUUAAAUGGAUUUAACAAAAGGAGCGAACAAUAUCUAGCGAGCGGACGUAUUUUUUAUUUUAUGUGCAUGUGUCUUUCACCGUUUUCUUUCUACCAAAUCAGUUUGCUAGUUAAUGAGUCACUGGAUUGUGUGAGGACUUGGGUAAUUUGACGACGUCACUCAGGUAGCGAGAAUUAACUACUCCCUCUACACAAAUGGCAAAGGAGGUCAGUACACAAAGAUUUUAACAGUUAUAGUUUAGGAGUCGUGGGCUGUCUCAUAGCCAGGCCGCUGUCUUCAUACCGCGGCUGUGAAUAUUCAAGUGUAUAAAAAAGAAAACAAAAACUUUCUUAGAUCGGAGUAACUUUUGUAAUAAUUCAAAAUGGUGGUGAAAGACGAACUUAUUCGCCGUAGGGUGUUGUUUAUUGGCACUGCGGUGCCAAUGGAAACAUCAGAGGGUCUUGAAUCCGUUCAACAGCCCCUGAAAACCCGCUAUCCUGUUGAUGAUGAUUCGAAAAUUGAAGGGAUCAUGUCGUAUUUGACUGUCUUGCCAAGUGGAUUACAACUGGAGUAUGCCGAUCGAUCAAAAGAAGUUAUUUUAUUUCCGAUAACCUCUCUAAAUUUAUGUGCCGCAGUACGCUGUGUGUCGUACAUAGACAAUGAUAAGAAGGAAAAAGUUUCUAAAUUUGUGUCUUUGAGUUCCCCUGCGUCAAAAGGAUCGAAUGCCAAACGACCCGCCGUAUUUACAGCCAUCACACGCCGUACCCAAGGUAAAAAGGUUCUCGAGUGUCACGGAUUUGUAUGUGAAUCAGAUAGAGAUGCCUUGGAUCUGGUACAUGCUACAUCCACAGCUGAUAGGAUAAGCAAACAGAAAGUAAACGGGUCCAUAACUACUCACUCUUACCACGGAGAGGUUCAAACCAACACCCUGAAAUCAGCGGUAAAUGGCCACAGCAACGGCGAUGCUAUACCCAUGAGAUUAGUAUCAGGUGAAAUUCGACAGAAUGCUGCUCCGGAGUUUUAUGAAACGCCACCCCAGCAGGGAUAUUUUUAUUCAACCAAAACAUCGCCGGUAAAAAAAUACUCUGUUGAGCAAGUGGUAUCGGAUAAUGAAGGCGAGAGAAUACGUGCUACAUCCCCACCUCCCCUCUCUGCUCGUAGUGUCGACAGAAGAUCAGCAUACAGUUUCGCCACAUCUAGACCUGCUCCGCCACCCACUGUUAUCCAUACUUUACCAAGACCACGACAAAAUGUUAUUCCGGUACGUUCUAUGCCAGUUCCAGUACAUGUCAGACCUCGCUUUUUCUCACCCCCACCCUCUCUUCUUAGGCCAAAAGUCGUUUCCAGAUUGAAGGAGCCAUACAUGUUAGUGCCGCCACCACCGCCACCAAUGAUCAUUGAUGGACCUCCUCCUCAUCUGGUAAAACAGAGAAAUCGUCGAAGAGGAUCAGAAUCAUCUGCUUCUCAUUCUCAUUCAGCACAUGAUCAAGCUUCUUCCAGAUCAUCUUCUCCAGAUUUCAAUUUCGCUAGAAAGGUUGUAAAUGGCGACGGAGGCGAUGCUUCAAGCGAGGUCAGUUCCAGACCAAGAACACCGCCGACCGAUUAUGACAAAAAGGGGCCGAGAAAACCAAGAGUUAGUCGUAAAGAGCAGCAUGAAAUGCGGCACCACCCUAAUUACUACCCUACAGUGAUACGUAACGGUGAAGCUUAUCCCCAACAAAUGACUUCACCUUACGACUAUUAUCCUUAUCCAUCCAGGGUACCACUCUACUAUGUUGAACGAUCACGAUCCGUACCAGCACCAGUCGAGCGAAGCAGAACACUCGACAAAAAGAAGGCCAAAAAGAAUCGCAAAGAAAAGAAAUCAAAGAGAAAGGGUAACCCAAGUGAUAUCUCUACAGAUAGCAUAGGAUAUAUGUCUGAAGUACCACGUGGUUUGGCCGACAAAAAUGACCCACAUGUGCCGCGCGAUUUCCGUAGAUUCGAAAAUCAGUUCAAACACGAAAGAGCCUUUUCCAGGAGUUUAAUGGAAGAAAAAAGACACAUUGGGCCACAUGACAGCCAGUCGACCUAUGAUUUAAAUGAACUUAUGGCUAGUAAGGGUCGUAAUGGUGAUGCCGAAGGAUUCGCUUUAUACUAAGUUAUUCUGGUGUUUUGGUGAGAUAUUGUGGACCCAAAGUGUGUUUUUGAUAACAACUUUAAACUGGAUAAUAAAUAACUUUACUAUGUUGCAAAUAAAAUGUUGUUCAAACUACGCACGGAACUCUGUUAGUGGCGAUUUUAUCAAUGGAUAUGUUGCAGCUGGAUUUUAAUAAUUUAAACUUUAAUGAUUUUAUGUCAUAGAAACUGCAAAUUGUAUUGAUAAUAUCAACGAAAAGAUUGGACUGUGAUGGAAACUGAUUCAGGAAUUGACGCGAGGACAUGGACCUGAGGUGACAAUGCAUAAUAUAAUAAUACGUAUAUAUCAGUAACCUGUCUGGAAUGUGUUAUUAUUAUAUUGUAAGUUAUAUAUACAUUUAUUCUAAUUAAUAAUCCCCCUAUUGUAAAAAUGGAUUACGCAAGAGGAUUAAGCUAAUGGGAUUCACUAGGAGCGGACUUGACGGAUUAUAAUAUCUUAUUUUGUGCAUUAAAAACUAUUUAAUGUACUUGAUAGUACAUGAUCUAAUGAAAUACUAUUUUUACUAACAAUAGAAAACAAUAUAAUACUAGUAUAAACGCUAUUUAUAUAUCAUCUUAACUCAUACUUGCACGUAUUGUUUUUUUUUUAUAUAUUGAAUGGGAUUCAAUAACUUACAUAUCAAUUUAUCAGAAAAACUGACGUAGAUUUUGCCAUUAUACAUUUAGAAAACUUACAUGUCAACUUAUCAGAAAAACUGACGUAGAUUUUACAAUAAUACAUUAAGACAAUUUGAAAAUUUGGUAGGUCUGUAACAUGUUUUUCUAAUGAAGGCAUACCCCUUUCAAUUACCCACCUUGUCUUUCGCAUACCCUUGUUUGAAAUUAUCGCUAGCAUCUGUAAGUCACCAUGAAUUAUGUCAUGGCGCCCAUGAUGAAAUAGUGGACUAACUUACCAAAACUGCAUAGAUCUAUAAGGGAUGACUGUUCUGUUGGGUUUUUUUUUCGGUUGGUACAAAAUUUAUUGUAGACAAUAAAAUCACGAUGUUGCUUGAUUAGUAUCAGAACCUUGGUUCCUUAUUUAUAUUUACGGAUCUACGCUGGUAUAUUUCAUCUCGGGGGUAUAAGUUCAUGUUUUGAUUUCCAAUUGCGAUGCAUUUUGUUUGAUCCACCUUCAAUUAUUUUAUUGACUUCGACUUGAUUACCAACCCCCGCCCCCCCCCCCCCCCCCCUCAGUUUUUACAUAUACCCUUUAUCUACCUCUUUAUUUUGAUAACUUACCUUUGUAUAUAAAUAACUUACAUAUUCAAUCGACAAGGUUGGAUAAUUGCAUAACGGAUCGAUAAAGAAUGGCCGACGGGUAGUAAUAGAAUAACAUUGACCCUAUGCUUAUAUAUCGAACAAAUCGGUAAUCGCUUAUUGUGUAUAGACCCGUAUCUAUGAGCCGUAAGCAAAAUAAAGACUAAAGAUCUUAGACGUAAAUAACAAAAAUUCGAAAAGUUCAUUAUGUCAAAGGUCAACUAUUGAUAUAUAAAUAAAGGUGCUAUAAUAUAUUAUCAGAGAUCUAUAUAUUGUACAGUUAUAAUAAAUAUAUACACCACGAGACGCCAAAUUUCUCCUUGAAGUUGCCGCUUUGAAGGUGAAAUAUGUAUCAUAAUGAUGAUUUAUAUUUAAAUGUUUAACCUUUAACCCCAAUUUUCUACUCACUUUUAUAAUUGGCAUUUAAGGAUAAUGCAUAUUUAGUAUUUACCUUUGUGCGCCAAUCAUUAUAUUAUUUUUAUUUGUAAAUAACAAACGUAAUGAUGUUAUGACAUAAUACAAUUCAAUGUUAUCACAUACCAGCAAAUUAUGCAUAUUACUAAUAAAUUGUUACUUUUUAAAAA